AAAAAAUUGUGUCUUCCACAAAGGAAUCUGAUAAGUGAGAUUUCGAGUAAGUCUUUACAUAAUCUUCUCUGUCCGAAGAAAUGAUUCAUCGAAAUAAUGAGUCAUCGUUGAUAUCGACACAUCUGAGAUCGCCAAAUGUUCGUGAGGUCCUCUAUUCAAUCCUUUCCUUCUUUUGUUGCUGGAUAUAUCGUUCGUACACAUCUUCUCUUGUUUCCCGAGCCUAUAGUGAGUUACAGACAGAGUUCGAAAAGAUCAAAUCUUGAUGAUUCCAUCAUACAUGAUUGAGUUGCGAAAACUUCUGGAUAGGUAUCCUACAUCUGAACAGAAUUCUUUCUGGUUAAAGAAUCUUUUUCUAGUUGCUCUGGAACAAUUAGGAGAUUGUCUAGAAGAAAUACGGGGUUCUGGCGGCAAACAUGCUAUGGGGUGGUGAUCCCGCUUAUGGGGUCAAAUCAAUACGUUCUAAGAAGACAGAUUUGAAAAUAAACUUCAUCGAUAUCAUCGAUCUCAUAAGUAUCAUACCAAAUCCCAUCAAUCGAAUCACUUUUUCGAGAAAUACGAGACAUCUAAGUCAUACAAGUAAAGACAUCUAUUCAUUGAUAAGAAAAAGAAAAAACGUGAGCGGUGAUUGGAUUGAUGAUAAAAUAGAAUCCUGGGUCGCGAACAGUGAUUCGAUUGAUGAUAAAGAAAGAGAAUUCUUGGUUCAGUUCUCCACCUUAAGGGCAGAAAAAGGAUUGAUCAAAUUCUAUUGAGUCUGACUCAUAGUGAUCAUUUAUCAAAGAAUGACUCUGGUUAUCAAAUGAUUGAACAACCGGGAACAAUUUACUUACGAUACUUAGUUGACAUUCAUAAAAAGUAUCUAAUGAAUUAUGAGUUCAAUACAUCCUGUUUAGCAGAAAGACGGAUAUUCCUUGCUCAUUAUCAGACAAUCACUUAUUCACAAACUUCGUGUGGGGCUAAUAGUUUUCAUUUCCCGUCUCAUGGAAAACCCUUUUCGCUCCGCUUAGCCCUAUCCCCCUCUAGGAGUAUUUUAGUGAUAGGUUCUAUAGGAACCGGACGAUCCUAUUUGGUCAAAUACCUAGCGACAAACUCCUAUGUUCCUUUCAUUACAGUAUGUCUGAACAAGUUCCUGGAUAACAAGCCGAAAGGUUUUUUUCUUGAUGAUAUCGAUAUUGAUGAUAGUGACGAUAUUGAUGCUAGUAACGAUAUUGAUCGUGAACUUGAUACGGAGCUGGAGCUUCUAACUAUGAUGAAUGCGCUAACUAUGGAUAUGAUGUCGGAAAUAGACCGAUUUUAUAUCACCCUUCAAUUCGAAUUAGCAAAAGCAAUGUCUCCUUGCAUAAUAUGGAUUCCAAACAUUCAUGAUCUUGAUGUGAAUGAGUCGAAUUACUUAGCCCUCGGUCUCUUGGUGAACUCUCUCUCCAGGGAUUGUGAAAGAUGUUCGACUAGAAAUAGUCUUGUUAUUGCUUCGACUCAUAUUCCCCAAAAAGUGGAUCCCGCUCUAAUAGCCCCGAAUAAAUUAAAUACAUGCAUUAAAAUAAGAAGGCUUCUUAUUCCACAACAACGAAAGCACUUUUUCACUCUUUCCUAUACUAGGGGAUUUCACUUGGAAAAGAAAAUGUUCCAUACUAAUGGAUUCGAGUCCAUAACCAUGGGUUCCAGUGCACGAGAUCUUGUAGCACUUACCAAUGAGGCCUUAUCAAUUAGUAUUACACAGAAGAAAUCAAUUAUAGACACUAAUACAAUUAGAUCUGCUCUUCAUAGACAAACUUGGGAUUUGCGAUCCCAGGUAAGAUCGGUUCAGGAUCAUGGGAUCCUUUUCUAUCAGAUAGGAAGGGUUGUUGCACAAAAUGUACUUAUAAGUAAUUGCCCCAUAGAUCCUAUAUCUAUCUAUAUGAAGAAGAAAUCAUGUAACGAAGGGGAUUCUUAUUGUACAAAUGGUACUUCGAACUUGGAACGAGCAUGAAGAAAUUCACGAUACUUCUUUAUCUUUUGAGUUGUUCUGCCGGAUCGGUCGCUCAAGACCUUUGGUCUCUACCCGGACCCGAUGAAAAAAAUAGGAUCACUUCUUAUGGAUUCAUUGAGAAUG